UAGAUUUGCUAAUGUUUGCAUUGUUUCAUUAAACGGGUUUGCUGUAAACCUUAUCGAAGAAACCAAUUUUUUUUUCUAGUGUUGGGUAUACAAAGACUCAAAUGGCAAGCUCUUUUAUAACUCCUUCUCAAGCUGAACGUUACCCCCAUUUUGCACAGUUCCUAAAAAAUUUGUUUGAGCAUAAAAUAUGCCCCAAUAAUUUUGCUACAAGGUCUCAAAACGACGAAAGGCGAGAAAUUUCUCGGGAGUAUCAAAGAACAAAAAAAAGUUAUGAUGCUGUAAAGCUCAUCUAUGACAGUGUUUGGGACAUCAUUGCUAAUCCCAGAGUGGAAGAUGAUAAGUCUCGUGAAGUUUUGGAAAAAUCAUUUAUAUCAUCUGAACUACAUCAGUCUAUGCGAAUAAUAAAAGAGGAGAAAUUGAAGGAUGAUGACAAUUUGCAUGUCUUCGGAAUUCAUUUUAAGCAAGAAUCAAUAGAUGAUGAUAUAACUAUAUGGGCACAAGAACAGUUAAAAAAUGAACUCAUUGAAAAAGGAGUCUUGUUGUUAAGUGAACUAGGACAAGAUAUUCAAGGCAACAACGAAGAUUUGAUUUUGGCAAAAAUUAGCCAGCUUUCAUCUCUGAUAGGUGCAAGAAUGGAAACUUUGGAUGAUUAUAAGAAAAUAAUGGAAGAAAAUGAUGUGUUAUUGAAAGAGCAGUACGCUAAGUACACUUCAAUUCUUCUUGAGAGCUUGCACAUCAUGGAAAAUCUUCUUCGGGAGCACUUGGUUGACGGUGAAAAUCGACGGAAUAUCGCGAAAAGCGAGUCCCUCGAAGUGCAAUGUGACGCUCUUUACCUCAAAAUAAAAUCGUUACACUUAGAAAUUCUGUACGAAACGUACACUGAACAAACCGUUCCUGCCCUGAAGAAAAUCUCUAAGGAAUUAGAAACAAAAUCCGAACAAAUUGAAAACGAAAUCCGAGCUUCACAGUUAAGGUUAAACCGUUACAAAUCGGUCGGAGAGGAAUUCAAUUGCCUCGUCAAGGAGUAUGGUAAGCUACGAGAAGCAAUCAAACAAAAAAAAUGGACACUCGACAAACUAAAAAGUUAUUCUGCCAACUAAUAUGUUAACAAGCUGUUUGGACGAAUAUUCUAAAUGCAUCAUGAUACGCUACUUUUGAUUAUCUAAUUUUUUAAAUAUUUCAAUAAAACAGGAUUAUUUGCUUCUUU